AUGACUUCUGUACUGGACCAGUAUCGCAUUGUCAACGCGGCGUGGACCGAGGGCCGCUUAGAGAAUGUCCUACAGCGGCAAAAGGAACUUGCUUUAUUGCACACAAAUAUUAAGAAAUUUUCUUCUGGCCUGAUUAAAGCUAUAUGUCAUGAUGUUCAGAUUUCGGACGUGAGCGCAGCCGAUGAGCUCGAGUUGACACUCAAAUUGAUUAGACAACUCUAUGACAGCCUCGACUUCCCAGGCACAUUGUCCAAGGAAAAGCUGGUUAGAAACGGCGGCAGCACAUUGGACAAUCUCGUCCCCUUGGGCCCUAUUUUGAUCGAUGCUUCUCCAUACUCGCCUUUUUCAAGCGUACUUGCGCCGCUCGCCGCCGCUGUUGCAGCCGGAAGUGCUGCGAUCAUCUUGGCCCCCUCGCAAACACCCACACUAAACAUCGAGCUCCGCGCGCUUAUCGCCAAGAGUCUGGACUUUGAAGCUUUCGCUAUAACUGAGGAUGACUCAACUGGCACCCGCCAGCAAUUAGGCGCAAAGUACUUCGGUGCUGCUGCUCUCCAGAACCUGGCUGAGCGAGAUUCACUCUCAGCAUCCCUGUACAAGGCGAAUCCUCUGAUUAGAAUUCUCUCGCCGCCUUCUGGAAUCCCUGCUGUAUUUGUCGAUCGCUCCGCUCAGGAUCUCGAGGCUGUGUCAAGCCAUCUCCUCCAACUCGGUCCCAAUGCUCCACGAGCCAAUCCGCUUCGAAUACCGCGCUUGGUCUUUGUGGAUGAGAUACACAUCGACCAGCUGGAAAAGUCGAUAUAUGCUGGGUCCGGUGCAAAUCAGCAGCUAUCAUUUCCCAACGACAAAAACAAGUCUCAGGCUUUUGUCCAGUUUGUCCAGUCAACGCUCCCGUCUAUUCGACAGAUAUCUACAGCGGAUGGACGUCUACCUGCCGUCAUCACGUUGCACGACUCCAACGAAAUCGUAUUUGAAAAUGUCCACAAAGCAGUAGAGAUGCUCGCAGAAAGCACCAAUGGCCUGCUGUUGGUCUCUACCAGAAGCUUAGACCAUGGGAUCGACAUUCUGAACAAGAUAAACUCCAACAACCCUUCCCAAGCCGUCUAUGUAUUUGCAGCCCCCAAGGCAUCUUCCUAUGUCGCUUUAUUCACGAACACGCUCCAAGUGUUCAUCAAUAGUAUCCCUCGGUGGUCGUUAGCUGCCGUUGCUCCGUCCACAUCUAAUGCUGCUGAUCUUUUGCCAUACCGCAGAGAAGACUUUUCUGUCAACAAGCCCAUUACGCAGGAGCCUCUCAAGCCAGUUCAAGCUCUUACGACUAGUGCUAAUGCUGGAACUCCCCUUAGACGCGUUGUCACCCAUCACAAUGGAUCAAGCUCUGCGGUCUUGUCAGAUGACAAAAUCCAGCUCUCCUCUGGCUUCGGCAGCAAUGCCGUAACUAUCUGGAGAAACGACAAGUAUCCGGCCGAACUCGUUGACAAAGACCCUGUCAGCACCAGUCCUGUCAUCUAUGCCCCCGGCUCUCUUAUUCGAGUGGUAGACUUCCCGCCAAACUCUUCCGGUCACAACCACAGGACCGCCUCUCUUGACUAUGGCAUUGUGAUUGAGGGGCAGUUAGAAAUGGCUCUUUCAGAUGGCUCCAAGACCAUCGUUCAUGCUGGCGACGUUGUUGUACAGCAAGCAACACUACAUCAGUGGAACAACUUGACAAACGAAUGGAGUCGUGUGAUAUUUGUACUGUUGCCAUCCGAGAAGAUGGUUCAUGGAAUCAGCGUCACUGAAACUGGCGUUCCUGAAAAAUACCUCCCUGAGAAUAAUGGAUAG